AUGGCCAAUCAACAAGAUUCGAAGGAGCCAGACACAGCAGACGUGAACGUUGAAGAUGUGGCCGCCCAAACCACUGCGCGUCUCACGGAUGACGCCAAGUUCCUCUUGGAGCACAAUCUGUCUGAAGAAUAUAUCCAGUCACUUCUUGCCGAUGACGGGAAAAUCAAGCGUCUUGUGCGGAAGGUGGAUCGCUUCUUACUGCCAUUGUUGGCAGGAACCUAUGUUCUGCAAUACAUAGAUAAACAGGCACUGGCUUAUUCAGCUGUCUUCGACCUCUUUACCAGCACUGGCAUCACCGGUUAUCAAUACUCGUGGCUACCAAGCAUAUUUUACCUCGCAUACGUGGUGGCAGAAUAUCCUUGGAUUUUCCUCGCCCAACGAACUCGUAUGGCGAAGGUUGUUGGCGGAUGUGUUUUGGCCUGGGGGUCCGUUUUGAUGAUCACUGCAGCCUGCUCCGAUUGGCCGGGCCUUGCUGCCUGCCGCUUUUUUCUUGGCUUUUUUGAAGCCCCGAUCACGACUUGUUUCAUGAUGAUGGUAUCACAAUGGUAUACAAGGUCUGAGCAGCCGUUUCGUGCUGGGAUCUUCUAUUGCUGUAAUGGGGUUGGUUCAAUGCUUGGUGGGAUUUUCAGCUAUGCAAUUGGCCAAAUUGAUAACUUUCCAGUGUGGAAGGCUGUCUUUUUGGUGUGCGGCGGAUUGACAGUCAUAUGGGCCGCAGUCCUUCUAAUCUUCCUUCCUGACAGCAUAAUGACUGCCAAAUCAUUCAGUAUCGAGGAGAAAGCAUUGCUUAUCGGACGCGCUCGCUUAGCACGGACAGGAGUCUUGGAUAAGCAUAUCAAACUUUACCAGAUAAAAGAAGCACUCCUGGAUCCCCAGGUGUGGCUGUUGACCUUGUUCACAUUACUAAAUGAGGUCAUCAACGGCGGUAUAGCUAAUUUUGGCAAACUUAUCAUCAAGGGCCUAGUCAAAGAUCCGCUGUUGACUACGGCCUUGGGAAUUCCUCACGGAGCUUUCCAAGUCUUCUGGAUCCUGGGCGGUACGUUCCUAGCAUCAAAGAUCAAAAACUUCCGAACUGUCGUCAUGGCUCUGUACAUGAUCCCAACCAUCAUCGGAGUAUCGAUUCUCUGGAAACUCGAUCGAGAGCAACACAGAAUUGGGGUUCUGUUCGGCUACUAUAUCCAAGGCUCAUUCGUGGCCUCACUGGUUCUCGGUUUACAAAUGCCGGCGGUCAACCUUGGUGGUUACACAAAACGAGUCACAGCGUCGGCAAUCGUGUUUACAGCAUACUGCGUUGGAAACAUCAUUGGACCGCACGCAUUCCUAGCAGAGGAAAGUCCAUUUUACCCCACGGGUUGUACCGUCGUCUUGAUGUGUGCAGUAGGCCAAAUGGUACUUGCCAUAAUCCUCCGAUUUUUCUUAAUGUGGCGAAACAAAAAGCGUGACGAAGCUCAGGCGUUUUCGAAUAACCAAAACGAGGAAAGCACCGAGAAUGAUUUGACAGAUUUUGAGAACAAUAACAAGAUUCAGAACCCGUAUUUUCGUUAUGUCAUUUGA